GCCACGCCGCGUAUAAUAAAAACCUCAGUGAUCCUCCUUCCAGAAGAAAGCCUGCUUACUUUCCCCUUUACUCCCAACAACUGCCCUCCAGUUCCCAACUCCUCUCUCAAGAAAUCAAUUCCGCCAUUUUUCUUCUUUUCGAUUUGCUCUCUGUCUCCUCCUUCCCAACCCAUCCGGCUAAUCGAUUCAAUCAACCUUCAAAAUACCGGCAACAGUCGGUCGCUUCCUGCUGCAAAAGAAUGGAGAACAUGAUGGGGCUUCUCAGAAUCAAGGUGCUCCGAGGGAUCAACCUCGCCAUUAGAGAUGUCCGCAGCAGCGACCCUUACGUCAUCGUCAAGAUGGGCAAGCAGAAACUGAAGACCCGAGUGGUGAGGAAGAAUGUGAACCCAGAGUGGAACGAGACCUUGACAUUGUCUGUCAGCGACCCGGGUCUUCCUGUCAAGAUCGAAGUGUUCGAUCGAGACCUGUUCAGGGACGACAGGAUGGGGGAUGCAGAGUUCGACAUUGGGACCUUCGUGGAAGCCGUGAGGAUGAACCUCCAAGGGCUGCCCAGCGGGACCAUCAUCACCAAGAUGCAGCCAAGCAGGAAGAACUGCCUGUCAGAGGAGAGCUCGGUCGUGUGGGCGAACGACGAGGUUGUGCAGCGCGUCUUCCUGAGGCUGCGAAAUGUGGAGUGCGGUGAGGUCGAACUCGAGCUUCGUUGGAUUCAUGUCCCUGGUGCCAAGGGCUUGUAGUAUAGAGGAAUUGACUGUAAGUGAGCUGUUGUUUGUAGCUGAUAUAUGAUGUAUUGCUGGUUUUUUUUCGGGGUUUUGCUUCUCACCAUUAGUUCUAGCACCCUAAUUAUCAGUAUCUACACCUUAAUUGAUUCUUCUUCUGCUGCUAAUUACAGUUGUUUGAGUGUGUACAUUAUUCUGUCUGAGUUGUCUUUCACCUGACAGAGGACUCUUUUCUUUAGCAUAUAUAUGUUGCC